AAAAAUUAUAAUAAUAUUAUGUACAUAUGUGUUUGGUGUAUACAUUAUUCUCUAAACUGUACAUUCUUUAUAAAUAUUAAAUGAAACAAAUAUACAUAAUAGAAUAAUUCUUGUAUUUGCACCGGAUUAGCUGUGCAUGGUUUUGUUUAAACUAAUUCCCCUCUAAUUAAAUAUGUAUAGUUUUUAAACGUCGUGAAAAGUAUUAUUUGUAGUCAUAGUAUGUCAUGGAAACGUCUUUAGAAGACAAAUUGCUUCAAGACAUAAUAAAAAGUGAUAAUAAUGCUAUUUUACAACAUAUUUCCAGGGGGGCAAAUCCAAAUAAAAUAACUAGCCAUGGAAAAACGUGUUUGGGAGAGGCAUCUAAAUUGGGUAACACGGUUGUUGUACAAAUAUUACUUGAUUCAUAUAAUGAAAAUGUAGCGUCAAAGCAAGGAAUCAUUUUUAAGAAGUGUAAUAGGUCACAUAAGAGGAAAUUGAAAAGUGUUGGACCUCAUGAUGGAAGUGUUAGUAAAUUUAAAAAUACCAGUGAAGAGCUUUAUCAAUGUCAUAAGCAAAAUAUAAAUGGCAAGGAAAUUAAAAAUAAUGAAAAAAUAAAUCAGGAUAUCUUGGUAUCUUUGAAUAGUGAUGGUUCUAGUAGUGACAGUAGUAGUGAAAGUAAAGCAGGAAACACAAAACCUCAGGCAGCCAGUGUUGCUACAUCUCUUCAUGUUGAUCUUGAAUGGGAUGAGGAUAUCGGUACAGCUGCACCUAUAACACAUGAAGAUGAAACUUGGUCAUCAAUUUACAGGUGGUAUGCUGCUAUAUUAGAAAAAACAGGUGCAGCAUUAGCUUCAGCAUCAAAAGUUACUAAUGGAAUUAAUCAACAAGAUGCAUAUAUGAGAACAGCCUUACAUUAUGCAACAGAGCAAGGACAUACUGAAAUAGUAAAAUUAUUACUUGAUUCUGGCAGUAAAUUAGAUGUAACUGCGGGAGAUGGUCUUACUGCAUUGCAUAUAGCUGUUAUAAGAAACAAUAUUCAAAUAGUUAAUAUGCUGUUGUCAGCUGGAAGUCACAUAAACUAUAAAACUCACGAAAAAAUGACAGCCUUGCAUUUUGCAGCUUCUAGGGGAUUUUUAGAAUUAGUAAAAAUUUUAGUAUCCAAUGGAGCAAAUUUAGAAGCUAGAGAUACCAAUGAACGAACUGCUUUAUACUUGGCAACUGGAAGAGGCCACAUCUAUGUGAUAAAAUAUUUAAUAUCUUCUGGUGCCAAUGUUAAUGGUGAAGAAAUCCAUGGGUAUACUCCACUAUGUGAAGCUGUUUGGCAAAAAUAUACUCAAGUUGUAGAAGUUUUGUUAACUUCUGGUGCUCGAGUUACACAUUCUCACAAACUUUUACACAAUGCUGUAAUGCAAGGUCAAAAAGAUAUAGUCAGAAUGCUUAUUAAUCGAGGAGGUGGUAUAAAUUUGUGUGAUGACGCAGGGGACACUGCUUUAUUAUUAGCUGUUAGAUUAUCACACAUUGAAAUAAUCAAAGAACUAUUACAAAAGAAAGCUAAUAUAAAUUUGUGCAAUAAUAUAACAGGUUCUAAUGCUUUGCAUAUAGCAGUUGAAAGUUUUAAAGACCUAAAUCAGUUUGAACAAUUACUUUUACUAUUACUGGAGGAAAAAAUAGACAUGAAUGCAACAGCUUUAACUGGCGACACAGCUCUAAAUAGAGCACUAUUAUUACAAAAGGAUAAUGCAGCAAUAUUACUUAUUCGCCAUGGAGCAGAUGUAAAUACAAUUGAUUUUCAAUCAUGUGGGUUAGACAACCUAUCAAUGGUUAAACGGAGGGCAACAAAUCAUUUAGCAAGACUAUUACUUAAAGCCGGUCAUUACAGGCCUGAACUUGAACAGUGUUGUAUACAAAAUAAAGAUACAACUGCAUAUUGGUUGCAUCAGAUAUGUAAAGAACCUUUUAGUCUAUUAGAUAUUUGUAGGAUUCAAAUUAGAUUACUUUGUAGACAAAAACCACUACAUCAAUGUAUACCUUCAUUACCAAUACCGAUAAGCCUACAAAGAUUCUUAAUGUUUGAAGAUGAAAUUUAAUUAAUCCUUUUACUUUUAUAAUUUACUAUAGGCUACAGUAAGCCUGUAUUGAAAUCACCAGUAAUCUCAUUUGUCCAGUAUUUAUGUUAUUCUUCUAAAUAUUUAAAGUAUUAUUACCUAGUAUAAAUAUAAUUUGUUAUAGUAUAAUAAUUAUUAACAUAGAUAAGUUAUGUUUUUGGAGGUCAAGAAUGUGUUGUUAUGUAUAUUUAUUUUAAUGACAGCCAUUGUAUGGACAACACAAUUACUAGUUGGGGCCUAUAGUACAUUUAUCAAUAAGUUUUUUAUGAAUACAUUGGUAAAAAUUAGGGUGCGCGGUAAUAAGUACCUAAAUUAAAUAUGUUGUACGGUAAAUUAAAAUCGCUUUUUACUCGUGGCGUUUUUGUACUCUUAAGCUGAUAUUAAACACACUACGACCAAACAACGCACAGUUAGUACUAUAUUAUAAAAUAAAUGACUAGCAUCAAUUGAAUAUUUCGGCUUAAUAACGUGAUUUAAUCUUUUAGUAACUUUAGUACUAGAAAUCAUAAUGGACAAGAUUAAUGACUGUCUGUAGGUUACGCACUCGACUAAGUACGAAUCGAACUUCUGUUUGUCGAAAUUCAAUGCAUUUUUGACGUCUCCCGUACGUCAACCUAAGAAAAGCUGUUUAGUUGUUUUUUGCGAAUAAAUUGAUGUAUUUCAACUAAUACUA